AUGCGUGCCGAAGAAAGGUGGCAGACAAUGGUUAAAAAUGAGGAUAAUGAACUCUUAACGAUGAGGACCGUUACGAGUUGGAGGAUUUACAUGGACUACCGAAAGCUUAACAAGGAGAAAAAGAAUGACCAUUACCCCCUCUCAUUCAUCGAUCAAAUGCUUGAUCAUUUGGUGGGCAAGAGGUGUAUGAUAGCAAUAUUUUAUGACAUGGUGGAGGACUUCAUGGAAAUUUUCAUGGAUGACAUUUCUAUCUCAAGUGAUAACUUUAAUAAAUGCCUCAACAAUUUAUCUAAAGUACUGAAGCGAUGGGAGGAGGCCAAACUUGUUUUUAGCUGGGAAAAGUAUUACUUUAUGGUGAUAGAGGGAAUUGUGUUGGGCCAUAAAAUUUCUCACUGCGACAUCAAGGUUGACAAAUGUAGAAGUGAUUGA